ACCGUUUCUUCCAUUUCCCAGCAGCUCUGCCAUGGCUGAAGGCAGCAGCAACAAUGCGAAUGUGGACACCAGCAGAUCGGAAAGGGCAGUCUGGCUCAUGAAGUGCCCGCCGCUGGUGUCUCGGUCCUUGAGCUCUUCCUCUGCCUCCGACUCUCUGCGUCCCGUCGCCAAGGUCAUUGUCUCCCUCGACCCUCUCCUCGCCAACGACGACGACGAUUCUCCUCCUCAGUUUACUAUGGAAUUGGCUGGCACCGAAUCUGGAAAUGCACCUAAGUGUUACUCUAUGGACAUGUCCCAAGACUUUAUCCCAAUGGCUGUCUUUUCUGAAUCAUCUCAAGGAAGAACCGCAGUGGAGGGGAAAAUACUUAACAAAUUUGACAUGAAGCCCCAUAAUGAAAACAUUCAGAACUAUGGUAAACUCUGUCGUGAGCGGACAAGCAAAUAUAUGACCAGAAGUAGACAGAUACAGGUGAUUGACAAUGAUAAUGGGUCACAUAUGCGGCCUAUGCCAGGGAUGGUAAUAGCUUCUGCAGUCAGUGAUAAGAAGAAAAUGCCAACUAAGGGAUCGGACAUGAAAAGAACGAGAAGGGACCGGGGAGAGAUGGAAGAAAUUUUGUUUAAGCUCUUUGAAAGGCAACCAAAUUGGACUUUAAGACAGCUGAUCCAGGAGACAGACCAACCUGAACAAUUUCUGAAAGAUUUGCUGAAGGAUCUCUGUGUCUACAACAACAAGGGAACUAACCAAGGAACAUACGAGCUGAAGCCAGAAUACAAAAGAUCGGGUGAGGAAUCAACUCCCAAAUAGGUCGUAGGAUGUUUAUUCAUGAAUCAUGGACUCCAGGUGAAGGCCUGGGUUACCAUUACUGGACUUCGCAACUUUGGCGUUCCUCCUUUUAAACAGAGUUCUGCUAGAUUCUCUACUGCAUCAAUGGAAGUUGAGAGAAAAUAAACCCAAAAAAAAAAAGAAAAAAAAGAAAGGAAAAUACAUUAAAUUUAUGUGGCCUCUUUUCUCUGAUUUGCAGUUCGGGGAUUUUUUUUUCCCCUCUCUGUUAACAUUAGGCAACAGAUGGUACCAUUUCUUGUAAAUCUUUUGUCAACAGAGAUUGAAUAUCCAAAUUUUGCAUCACAGUUGAAGCAUAA